CGCUGCCAACACAGCGCUCUUCGUCUCUCUCACUUUUCGGCACGUCAGUCGACGAACGGAGCCAGUCGAACGCGCCACCCUGCGGAUCACCGCAAGGAUCCGUCGUCCGUUUUACUCGCUUUUACAACCCUCAAGGAAACAUCAUCGACUACUAGAGUCUAUUUCUAACUACAUUGAAGCUUUCACUGAAGAUACACAUUAUCAUCUAAUCAAGACUUAAUCAAGCACGCGUGUACGUGUUUCAAGACAUCAUAAUGGCUGUACGAUUGUCUUCUAUGUCGUGACCACGCUACAUCUGAUACGAGAAAGAAGAAGGAAUAAGGUGAAAGGAAGAGGAAUUUAGGAUAAUUUCGUUCAGCAAGACGGAUCCGUGAUCAAGUGAAGCGGCUGGACCUCCUCCAUAUUGGGAGGUCGAGGACCGCUCGGUGAAGCGUUUGGGCCUUAGGAGAAGGCCUAACAUAUAUAAAAGAUGAUAGAUCCAAGUUCAUCGGAGGAGGAGAGUGAAGAGGACCAGAGUACUCACCAUGGAGGUGGCGGCGGUGGCCGUGGAGGUAGCGGAAGCUCCCACGGUUCCCACCACCAUCCUGCUGGUGGUCCUGGAAGUGGUACAGUUUCUGGGAGCGUUGGUUCGCUCGCAUCGGGCAUCACCGCGUCUCCUGGUGGCUCGAACCACGUCGGUCCAGCCGGUGGUAUUGGGACUCAUGGCCCAGCUCGUACUACCGGCACGCUCUCACAAGAUUCUGGCUCUGCUCUCGACGUACCAAGUAUUACAAGUGCAAGAAAUUCUUUGUCACCGUCUAUGAGCGCAGCUCAAGAUGCUGCAAAUUAUUCUCAAAGACCAACCAGUCCUUCGCCGUCUGUUGCCAGUGAAAAAACUGAAGUGGAUUUGCAGGAUAAACAAGAAAGAGAAGAAGAAGAACGAAAGACCAGGAUACAACUGUACGUUUUUAUUUCACGAUGUAUUGCUUACCCAUUCAACGCGAAACAACCGAUGGAUAUGACACGUAGGCAAAUGAAAGUAACGAAGCAACAACUCGAAACAAUCUGCUCUCGCUUUCAGGGAUUCUUGAAAGGUGAAACGCAGAUAAUGGCCGACGAGGCUUUCCGCAAUGCUAUACAGAAUUACUUCGAUGUAUUUCUAAAAUCAGACAGAGUAGUUCGAAUGGUACAAAGUGGUGCUUGUUCCCAACUCGACUUCCGUGAGGUAUUUAAGAAGAACAUUGAAAAACGUGUUCGAAGCCUCCCGGAAAUCGAUGGGCUGAGCAAAGAGACUGUGCUUACGUCCUGGUUGGCCAAAUUCGAUUGUAUUAUCAAGGGGACAGGUGAUGAAGACACAAAAAGGCCUUCCAGGAUGCAACAACAGUCCUUGAACUCGGAAUUGAUAUUGUCGAAGGAGCAGUUGUACGACAUGUUUCAGCAAAUCCUUGGAAUUAAGAAGUUUGAACAUCAGCUUCUGUUCAACGCCCUCCUGUUGGACUCAGCCGAUGAACAGGCUGCCGCCAUCAGGAGGGAGCUGGACGGUCGCAUACAAAAAGUCAACGAAAUGGAGAAGAACCGCAAGCUCAUGCCGAGGUUCCUCCUGAAAGAGAUGGAGUCGCUCUACAUCGAGGAACUCAAGUCGUCUAUCAACCUGCUAAUGGCUAAUUUGGAGUCGUUACCGGUCUCCAAGGGUUCGAUAGACAGCAAAUACGGGCUGCAGAAGCUGAAGCGCUACAACUAUCGUGGUGAGCGCUCCCGCUGCCGCGGUCAGGGUUCCCUCGCUAAACUGGAGGGCGACUCCGCUGAUUCCGAUCCCCAGCUGUCAAAAAUAGACGUCGGCCUGACUUUCCAAUUGGAAGUAGUUGUUAUGGAGGUCAAAGGCCUAAAGAGUCUAGCACCCAAUAAAAUAGUUUAUUGCACUAUGCAAGUGGAGGGUAGCGAGAAGUUACAGACUGAUCAAGCUGAAGCGUCCAAACCAAUGUGGGAUACUCAAGGCGAUUUUACCACGAUGCAUCCUCUCCCCGUAGUGAAAGUUAGACUUUACACCGAAAAUCCAGCAGUAUUGGCUUUGGAGGAUAAGGAAUUGGGAAAGGUUGUAUUAAGGCCAACUCCACUUUCGUGCAAGGUACCAGAAUGGCAUCGAAUGAGGGUACCAAAGAAUAAUCCCGAUCAAGAUCUCCGUAUGAAGAUAGCUUGUCGAAUGGAUAAGCCAUUGAACAUGAAACAUUGUGGUUAUCUUUACGCUCAGGGCAAGUCUGUAUGGAAAAAAUGGAAGAAGCGAUAUUUUGUGUUGGUCCAAGUCUCGCAGUACACAUUUGCGAUGUGCUCGUAUAAAGAAAAGAAAAGCGAGCCGUCGGAAAUGAUGCAGCUCGAUGGCUAUACCGUGGACUAUAUCGAAGCUAUUUCCGCUAAUCUCAUGGUCGGCAUGGAUUUAGAAGGCGGAAGGUACUUUUUCAACGCGGUACGUGAAGGUGACAAUAUAGUCUAUGCCUCGGAUGACGAAAACGAAUGCCAUUUAUGGGUAAUGGCUAUGUACAGAGCGACAGGACAGUCGCAUAAGCCAACACCACCGGUAUCCGUGGCAGACAAGAAUUCAACGAUUAGCAAGAUUCAAGGAGAUGCUGACAGAGCUAAGAAACACGGAAUGGAAGACUACAUUAGUGCAGAUCCAUGUAAAUUCGAUCAUCAUGCACUUUUCAAAUUUCUACAGAAUUUAAUCCUGGACUACAGACUGAACGAUCCUUAUUGCUCCUUGGGUUGGUUCUCUCCUGGUCAAGUUUUUGUGCUCGAUGAGUAUUGUGCUAGAUAUGGUGUACGUGGUUGCUUCCGUCAUCUCUGCUACCUACAUGAUCUUCUAGACAGAGUUGAUCGUGGACUUAUGAUAGAUCCAACAUUGCUACACUUCAGCUUUGCUUUUUGUGCUACUCACGUUUAUGGUAACACCACGGAUGGUGUUGGUUCGAUUACUCACGAAGAGAAAGAUAAAUUUCAGGAGGUCAAAGAGAGACUUAGGAAAAUCCUUGAAAAACAAAUUACAAAUUUCAGAUAUAGCUUUCCAUUUGGACGACCAGAAGGUGCUCUGAAGUCUACUCUAUCUCUUUUGGAACGUGUCUUAAUGAAGGAUAGCGUAACACCAGUUCCCCAAGAAGAAGUUAAGGGCUUGAUCAAAUCAUGUUUAGAAACGGCAGCUCUUGUGAAUUAUACAAAGCUAUCGGCGGAGGCUAAAAUCGAAGACGAUUUCAGUGGCGAGGUUUGCGUGCCUCCUAGCAAAAAGUUGGAGGAUUUGAUACAUCUUGCCGAAUUGUGCGUCGAUCUCCUCCAACAAAAUGAAGAGCAUUAUUCGGAGGUAACUGUACCGCAGGCGUUCGCCUGGUUUAGCGAUCUCAUGGUGGAGCACGCCGAGAUCUUUUGGUCGCUUUUUGCUGUCGACAUGGAUAAGGUCUUGGCUGAGCAACCACCUGAUACCUGGGACAGUUUCCCACUGUUCCAGAUUUUGAAUGAUUACCUUAGAACAGACGACAACUUGAAAAAUGGAAGGUUUCAUCAACAUUUGCGUGACACGUUUGCUCCUUUGGUUGUACGAUACGUUGAUUUAAUGGAAACAUCAAUCGCCCAGUCCAUUCACAAAGGAUUCGAAAAAGAACGUUGGGAAAUAAAAGGAAACGGUUGUGCAACCUCCGAAGAUCUUUUCUGGAAGCUCGAUGCUUUGCAAUCGUUUAUCGGUGGCUUACAUUGGCCAGAUCAAGAAUUUCGCCAACAUUUAGAGCAACGAUUGAAACUUAUGGCCUGUGAUAUGAUAGAAUCGUGCAUACAGAGGACAGAUACGGCUUUUCAGCAAUGGCUUAAAAAGGGUGUGACGUUUACAUCGACCGAUUAUAUAAUACCAUCGGAAAUGUGUGCUAUGGUGAAUGUUAUUUUGGAUGCAAAGAAUCAGAGUUUCAAACUUUGCACUGUCGAUGGUGUCGACGUGCAUCAAUAUCACUCAAAGAUCGAUGAUCUAUUAGAAAAAACUUCAGCCGCAAUGAAUCAGGGAAUGAUUAAUAAAUUAGUUACAGUUUUGGAAACAACAUUGUCCAAGUUAUCUCGUUACGAUGAAGGAUCUCUUAUCGGUUCUAUCCUUAGCUUUACGAAGGUGUCGGGAAGCGGUAAGGAAAUGGGUCAAGCUUACGUUAAUUUCACACGGAAUUGUAUGGAUCAGAUUCGUAGCAAAGUACUCGACGAAUUAUGGAUUUUGACUUUCUUCGAGCAAUGGUACACCGCACAAAUCCAAAUGCUGUGCACGUGGCUAUCCGAGAGACUCGAUCAUAGUUUACAUCUUUAUCAAUGUACCUGUCUCGCUCACAUCGUCAAGAAGAUCUACUCGGACUUUGAGCUUCAAGGUGUGAUGGAGGAAAAGCUCAACUCGAAGACAUAUCAGACUAUAUCCAAAAGGAUGCAGACGGAAGAAGCAACUUGUGCCUUAACCAUGAGCGCUCAGAACGAAGAAGGACUUUCCGAGAAUGGUAACGACGAAGACGUGGAAAGACCAAAGACAAAGGUGACGAUCGUGGAAACGAUGGGAGGAGAAGAUGCGAAUUACGUAGCGAAUAUUAGCAACGUAACUUCUAACGUUGUUGGCAAAGUUGGCAGUAUGUUUGGCAAGGGUAUCGGUGGUCUAUCUGGCAAAUUUGGUGGUGCCACCAGUUGGUUCUAGUUAUCAUUUUUAGUAUUCUGCCAGUAAACUUUAUAUUUGUCUAGAGGAAUGUUCCUUCGUUAUAAGUAAAUAAAACUACACAGACGGACGGACGGACGGACGGACAGACGGACAAACAGAGAAAGAGAAAGAUAGAGAGAAAUAAAAAGAGACAGAGAGAAAGAGAGAGAGAGAGAGAGAGAAAUAAAAAGAGACAGAGAGAAAGAGAGAGAGAGAGAGAGAACUCAGGUGACAGGACUUCUAAUACUUAAAUAUAGUACAGUAUUUUAAACUUAUACAAUGAUUUAGAAUUUCGUCCGUACAGCGAAUUUUCCUGAUUAAAUGUUUU